AUGGAGUUUCCUAACAGUGUACAUAUACCGACAUGGAUAUUAGUAACGUCUUCUACAAUAUUGUCUAUUUAUUUGUAUUCAACAUGGCCAUAUUCACUUUUCAAAUCUCUGAAAAUACCAGGCCCAAAACCAGUUCCAUUUCUUGGUAACAUCCAUACUUUAACAAAACAGGGUAUGCAUGUGGUGCAUGGAAAAUGGGUGAAAGAAUUUGGUAAAGUUGUUGGAUAUUAUGAAGGACGACAUCCGUGUUUAUUGAUAUCAGAUCCUGCAAUGUUAAAAGAGAUUCUAGUCAAGAAAUUUAAUUCAUUUCGAAACAGAAGGGUUUUAAAAAUAGCUGGUUAUCCUAUGGAUGAUGGUAUUUUACAACAAACAGACAAUCAGUGGAAAAACACUAGAACAACUUUAACACCAACAUUUAGUUCGUCUAAGUUAAAACAGAUGUCCAGAAUUAUAGAAGACUGUGUUGAUGAUCUGAUACAAAAUUCAGACAAACUGGUAGAAGCAGGUCAGAAUAUCAAUCUAAAAAAUCACCUUUCUGCAUAUACGAUGGAUGUAAUAGCAUGUACUGCUUUUGGUGUGAAAAUAAAUGCGUACAACCCAGAAGAUCCUUUCUUGAAGAACGCCCAAGCUUUUACAAAAUUAAAUUUCGCUGGUCUUAUGUUUAUGACAUACUUUUUAGCUCCGUGGUUUCUUCCUGUUUUAUUAAGAUUAAAUAUAACAGUUGUACCCCAAAAACCAUUACAAUUCUUUAUACAAACUAUCAAUGGAGCGAUAGAAGCUAGAAAAUCAGACUCUAAUGUAAGAACUGUCGAUAUCUUGAAAUUGUCGUCAAUAGUAAGGAGUUGCAAUGGAUCCCAAAUUCCAGUUGCCGAGGGUUUUACCAACUCUGAGAUAUUAGGACAUUCUGUAACGUUCUUCUUGGCUGGACACGAAACUACUGCGGCAGCCAUGACAUAUCUAGCUUAUAAUUUAGCUCUACAUACGGACAUACAGCAAAAGGUUUUGGAAGAAAUUGACAAAGUUCUGAAGAAGAAAGCCAACUACGAAAAUAUACAGAAAUUAGAGUAUCUUGAUAUGUGUUUAUCAGAAAGUUUAAGGCUUUAUCCACCAUCUAUAAGACUAGAAAGACAAGCCUGUAAUGAUGUAACUAUUGGAGAGAUAACAAUACCUAAAGAUACCAUAAUAGUAAUACCAACAUAUACUAUACAUAGAGAUGAGACAAUAUUUCCUGAUCCUGGACAGUUUAAUCCUGAAAGGUUUAGUGACCUAAACAAAAGUAAGAUUCCAUCGUAUUGUUAUUUCCCAUUUGGUCUAGGACCUAGAAGUUGUAUUGGCAUGAGGAUGGCUAUAUUAGAAGUUAAAUUAGGAAUGGUUGGUCUUCUUCAAAAAUACAAGUUUUCUACCUGUGAUAAAACCAUGGUACGUAUGAAAACUAGGUAUCUUACAAAAGGGCGUUAUGCACAAUGUAGUCGAUGGCUUUUUGAUAAGUUUGUUCCUUUUGGCGCUAAGUCGAAACACUAUAUACGUUCGAUCGUUUUACAGGGAUAA